AAAUUCUCAUUUUGCGUCUGGACAUGGAUUCAUCCAACCUCACCACCCAAAGUACGACGCCAAACCUUCAACCAGUAAAGUCUUUUUUUUAUCGAAGUCGAGCAACGAUCAUUGCGCAGGUCACAUCUCUCGUCAUACUUGGUAUCGUCACAAUGCUUGGCAACCUGGCCUCCAUCGUUACCUUYGCUAAGACCCAGUCUCUUCGCAGGCGUUCAAACUACAUGAUUAUCAAUCUUUCCAUUGCUGAUUUCUCUGUGUCCAUCGUGAUUUUUAUAGUGGCUUAUUUUUUCUACCUCGAGGCCUUCACCGUACCGUACCAUCUUAAGCUAGCUUUAGAACUUCUUGAUUCAUCAACUGGCGCGGCAUCUCUGCUGGGUCUGACUAUGAUUUCAGUCGAGCGAUUUUAUGCGGUUGUAUUUCCUUUCAAACACAGGAUGCUGCGUUUUAAGCACCACCUUAUCAUGUGCCUUGUACCGUGGCUUGCUGCUGCAGUAGUUCUUUUGACAAAUGUCGUGUUAGGCUUCCCAGAACAAGGUAAAAAUCUCGAUAUUUUCGAACUACUUCGCUUUUCCGUCAUGGUGCUCUCCCUCGUUGUGAUAUUUGUUUCGUAUCUYAGUAUUUGGUUGAAGAGUCGUCACGCCAAUCCUAGUGCGCAGAAUCAGAAUCGAACAGUGCGUGACAAAAAGCUGUCACUCACGCUCUUCAUCGUCACGCUUGCAUCAUUGUCAACGUGGCUUCCACUUCAGUGUUUCAUGGCUGCCUUGGUUUUCAUUAAAUCUCUUUCACUUUCUCAUUAUAACAACUUUUUCAUCCUAAAGUUUGUCCAGUACCUCAACUCGGCGAUAAAUUUCUUUAUCUACAUAUUGCGCAUGCGUGAUUUUAGGUCAGGAUUUCGCGCCAUUUUCUGCGGUAAACGAGAGAGGAGCAAGCCAUCCCAGUCAACGACAACCAGUAAUUUGAGCCUGAGUUUUACUAAGCAAAAAGCGUAUACUGUUAACAAUGUCAUAGCAGCCGAGGGAUGCCUGGACGCAAGUAAUUUACAACUACAAAAACUUACCAUGAAGUGAAAAUACUUCAGUUUACAAGAAUGUACAAGAAGUUUUAGAACAAAGUUAACAGCAUGUAUAGAUAUAUUUUAGACUAAA